AUGUCGACUCCACUGCACCCCUCCUUCAAACGAUACCCCCCAGAUGACGAGGACGACUACCAAACCCCUGGACAGUCCGCUCGCUCCCGGUAUAAGCGUCCCAAACGUGAUUCAUCCCUUAAUCGUUCCGUCGGUGGGCAGCGCAUCGUCCUAAAAACUAAACUAGAGAACACCCCAGAUGCAGCUUCGCCUGCACCUCCCGGUUCAAGCCAUCCGAUCCUCAAUCGGUUUGUCAACGAACCAACUCUGCCCCAACAAAGCUCCUCUCGACGGCCCCGUCCUCUCACCCAGCAUCAACUUGCGGUCGAGCAAAACCGACGGCAGCGCAUCGAAUACCUGCUUGCCAAACGAAAGACUGAGGCAUAUCGAAUGCUUCGUGCGAAGCGGGAGAGCGAAAUUCCCUUUGCCCGUUAUGGGCGCCUACUGCAGGGCCUGCCCGACGGGUACGAUACGGAAGACGAGCAGAAAUCCUGGGGCAAAGGAGGUCUGAACCCCAACCCGGACGAAGAGGAGGACUUUGGAGAGAAUGCCAGCUACUUCUUGUCCGUGAUUCGUAAGGCUGCUCGGCGUCUGGACCGAUGGGAUCACGACGACGCCAACGGCCCCAAGAGAGAUCGGAAGAAGGAACGAGAAGAGCGCCAGAAAGAUCGACUGAAUAGACUGACCGAAAGUGCUCUGGACGGCAGCGGCCGUGCGCCUACGUCCGCUCGCAGUCGAGCUCGAGCUGCACGUAAUGCCCGCCGCAAGCUCGCCGGGGCCGCCGCAGACGCCGCUUCGGGAUCAACUCUCAAGGUGCAGACAUCGGCAUCGCGUCCUAAGAGCAGCCGGAGCCGCGGCCAUCGCGACGAGGCAGAUGCGCAGGUGGCCACGGACGAUGCCGGUAGGGACGGCCUGGGAGCUCCAUCUCGGGACUCGCCAAUGCCUGCCUUGGCGCACGACGAUAUCGAGGGUGAAGGUGAGGAAGGACUCGACGACAUCGACCGGGAACUUCUGGGCGAGGGCAGCGGCGACGAUGACGAAGGACCGUCUCGAUUGGGCGGACCCUCUCGCCCGUCGGAGCCUGGCUACGAGGAUAGUUUCAUGGAAGGGGCCGAUGACGAUGCGGAAGGUCUGUCUUCAGACGACAACGACGAAGAAGCCGACGAGGAUGACCUCGACGAGGGAGAGGGAGAAGUCGAUGUCGAUGUGGAAGGCGAGGGUGAAGGCGAUGAAAACUCCUCGACAUUUGAGGGUGGACAUGGAUAUGCUGCCAGCGAGACCUCGUCCGUUGCUCCCGAGCAGGGGCCUGACGCAGGCCGCCAAGCUGAAGACAAGGAGAACGAGACGAUGGAGGAUCCUUAA